AUGCUCGUUUUGCCCGAACAUGCCUCCCCGGAAGCCCGCGUUUGUACAUUGGCUCAUCCGCGGACGUUGACUCCAAGCCGAUAUUAUUUUGACCCUGACAAGGGACUCUACGAAUUCACACGUAUCACGGCGCCAAAAUCUGCAUGCCGAAGUUGGCUGAUAGGUCGCCAAACCAGGCUUGUAAGCCACAAUGAGGAUGCAUCAUCCGGCAAGGCUCCGACGACUAUGGAGAAGCCUAAGCCAGAACCCGCGGAAGCCAAUGACAGGCCGAUCUCUGACGGGUACACAGUCAAGAAUGCAGAGAUGCUGAUUGCGACCCCUAUCGACCAGCUAUUCUUGCUGUUGCCUUCAUUCGUUGAUGAAUCGUCAGCAAAAUCAUCCACGCCUAAGAGAUUGUUCCUUUCCGCAGAUGAUCUCCUGGAAAAGCUCUCCGAGAAGUCAAAACAUUUCGGUCAUAUAUCAGGUCAUGAGCAGACACGCUUGGUAAUGGAGCAGAGGAUGGGAGCCGUGUGCGAUACCGUGGACGCUGGAGGCGAGAAGAUGUAUCGUCUCAGUGAUGAGAAGCUCUUGCGUGAACUGGUGCGGAAAGCGGAGACUAUAAUUGCCAAGGGGUUGCCGGCCAGCAUGGAGGAACGAUUUAUCCGCAAGGCCCUAGAGACUCCUGUGAUGGUUGUAGAGCACUCAGAAACCUCCGUUUCUGAUGCAACAACAUCUCGAAUCGAAACGCCGACUUCGGAGUCAAUCGUAUCGGAUGCCGUUGAUUCACAGGCCAGUACUGCCUCCGCAGAGUCGACGGGUUCUGCGCUUUCGACAACCACAGAGACGACGACUCCAGAAGACAUCACUCCCGCGACAAACGAAAGCGAGCUCUACCACCUUCUGCGGCUGCGCACAGCUCUUUCUUACGUUAUAUCAAGCUACGUCCCACCAGCAAUAGCAGAACCUUUGAACACGUUGAUCUCAUCUGGCAAGAGUCAAGUAGAUUUCAAGCUAGUCGACGAGCGUCUUGCCAACAUUGCCAAAAUGCGCGCCGAAGCGCUUGCUUCGCGAUCACUCGGAGACUAUAGCCGGAAAAGGAGCAUGUACGAGGACGAUGAUGCCGCAGAGACAAGAGCAGAGAAGAAGAGGAAGAAGGAAGAGGAAGAGAAGAAAAGGAAAGCUAGCGAGUCUAGAGGUAUCAAGGACCUCAAGAAGGUCGAUACGAAGGGGAUGAAGAAGAUGAGCGAUUUCUUUGGCAAGGCGGCAGCGGCAAAGAAGAAGUGA